GGGGGCGGGACUGGUAGGUCCGACAGGAAAACGAAAGAAAGGCGAGUAUCUUUAAUCAAAAAACGAUGGCUGCAAUCAGAAAGAAACUAGUGAUUGUUGGUGAUGGAGCCUGUGGCAAAACCUGUCUCCUCAUAGUGUUCAGCAAGGAUCAGUUCCCAGAGGUUUAUGUGCCCACUGUGUUUGAAAACUACGUGGCAGAUAUUGAGGUGGAUGGUAAACAGGUGGAGCUGGCUCUUUGGGACACAGCAGGUCAGGAGGACUACGACCGACUGAGGCCUCUCUCCUAUCCAGACACAGAUGUCAUCCUCAUGUGUUUCUCCAUCGACAGCCCUGACAGUUUAGAGAACAUCCCAGAGAAGUGGACUCCUGAGGUCAAGCACUUCUGUCCCAACGUGCCCAUUAUUCUCGUGGGAAACAAGAAAGACCUGAGAAAUGAUGAGCACACACGUCGAGAGUUAGCUAAGAUGAAACAGGAACCAGUGAAGUCGGAGGAGGCGAGGGACAUGGCUAACCGGAUCAAUGCCUUUGGUUACCUGGAGUGCUCGGCCAAGACGAAGGAUGGGGUGAGGGAGGUGUUCGAGAUGGCCACCAGGGCAGCGCUGCAGGCCAAGAGACGAGGCAAGAAGAGCGGCUGCCUUCUCCUAUAGUGUCAGCUCACACAGGCAUGGGAGGGAAGGGGUAAAUAAACAAGGCCAAGAAAAACAUCCCUCCCUCGUGUCUGCUUUGUCACCAUGGUGGGCACUAACGAAUGGGAAAAUAUAGGGAUGAGGGAGAAAAGUCAAACAGGGCCAAAGGAAAAAAAAAAAGGAAAGUCAAAUGCAAUGGAAAAGGGGAAUAUAUACAUUUAAGUUCAAGGUUAUAGCUUCUAGCUUUCAAAUAAAAAUACUGUAAUCUUGUGUUUAGGAUUCAUUAAACCUGAAUUUAAGAGAAGGGAGCAUCUCUCUCAUUCAUACUUAAAAAAGUGUGGUAGGGUAUGUCCUGUAAGUAAGGGUUUCCAGUUCUUUGGAUGGAGUUCAACAGUUUCCUCUGUCCUAAAGCGUAGCUCUGUGGUUUGUGGUUGAGACGAGCUCCACAGGGGCGACAGUGCACCCACAGACUUCCAUGGCUUGCAGUGUGACUGUGCUUGUUUUUCAGUUUUGCCCUGUCAUUCUCUAAGUUUUUCAUUCUCCUUUAUUUCUAAGGUUAGACCAGACUAACUUUUCUUUUUUUUUUUUUUUUUAUGAACCUUUAAUAUUUGAUACAAUGUGCAUCCGUUUAAAAAACUGAGUUUUAUUAUUUGCAGUUGAGCAAAAAUACGCAUUGGUAAUGAGACCAACUUAUUUGAGUGCUUUUACAAGGUUGUUGGCUAAUACAAACACACU